AUGAUUGGUGUCUCUUUUAAAAUUGUGAAUGACCCUAAGGAAUCUACUGUACACGCUAUAUAUAACGAUCAGCCACCUGGGUCCAGUACCUGCAAAAAUUUCAAAGCAAGUGGACACCUUAAAGGAGCAAUAGCUUUCAAUAAUGAGGAAGGAUUUUGGAUAAUUUCUAGUGUUCCUAGAUUUCCAAUUCCGAAAAAGUACGAAUAUGGAGAUGGUCAACUUAAAAAUGGACAGUCCAUAAUUUGCAUUACGUUUGAAAGAAAAUAUCUUGACAAGAUAGUGGAUGCCUUCAGUAUAACUAAACCGUGUAUCUAUGAUGGGAAGAUUACAUUUGGGGUGUCAUCCGAGUCAAGUACAGACGUCCUGUUUACAUCAAAAGGAGGAACAACGUUCAGAUAUUUCGGGAAAUCAAACAAUUUUUUAGAAGAUUUGUAUCGAAAGAUCGUUGCAGAAAAGUUGAUGGACGAUCUAAAAGUGGAAACAUGGCGUUCGAAAGACUCAGAUGGUUUUUCUUCUUCAUGCGACCAGUUCAAGAUUUGGAAUGUCAAAGAAAUUAUGUUUGAUGAUAGCUAUGAAUUCAGAUCUUCUAAAGAUCAUUCAAAAUGGGCAGUGACAGAAAAUAAAAACUGGAUAUGCAUCGGGGAUUUAAACAGAGAUGACACGCAAUGUAAAAGAGGUGGUGGAACAAUGUGCCUAGAACAUAAGGAAGUUUCAGAUCAGUAUAAAAAGUUGAUUAAGUCGUUCGAAGAAUGCAGCCAGAAAAGACAAAAGCCAGUUUGCUCUUUUGACGAUAAUUUCCCGAAGAAAGUGAGAAAAGUUUGUCCAAACCCAUAAUUUUUCCGAAGAAAUCUACAAGUAUACUGAGAUUGACUUAAAAACCAACAAAAAUGUGUAAAAUGAAGAAAAUUGGAUAGACUGCUCUGCUCCAUGUUUUUAUUUUUUCAAUGAAUUUUUAGCUUGUU